AUGGCAGGUGUUGGAGCGGAUGCGGACGCGGACGUGGAUGCCGCCCUCGCGAGUCCCUCGGAUAUGGACGAGACGGAACAAGAUGUCGUUGAUCCGAUGUUCAAGGCAGACCCAGAUGCAGACAUCGACGCAGAUGCAGAGGCAGACGCAGACGCAGUUACAGACGCAGAUCCAGAUGAACCUCCGUUGCCAGAGACGGGGCCAGGGACAACAGGAGCAAAGGCAAAGGCAAAGGCCAAAAGUGACAGUGGCAGUGGCAGUGAUGACAUUGCCGUGCGCUUGAACAAACUGAUCUCGACGACGGCCGGGCUGGGCUCGCUGCUCGCGACCAUCAACUUCUCGGCAAACCUCGCGAUAUACCUCUCGGUGCGACUUCCGGUGUGGUGGUCUGCGCUGGUCUCUCGAUAUGUGACGCGCACACGACGGAGGCACGGACAGGGACAGCGGGUGCCCGUUGCCAUUGCCGCCGCCGUUGCCGCCAUCGCCGCCACGACACCUCCUGUACUCACCUCGCUCGCGUCCCUCGCCUCGCUCAUCUCCGACUGGCGCAAGUCGCAACGCCUCACGGGUCUCAUCCCGCUCUACACGCGCCUCCGCCUCCUCAUGUCCACGACCAACCCGGCCAUCCAGGCCCUGGACCCCGUCCUGCGCGGCCUCUUCUUCGUCCAGUGCCACGCGUACAUCGUCUUCCAGGCCGUCGAGAACCUGUGCCACUUGCACAGUAAAGGGCUCUUGCCCGCGUCGGCGUCGUCGCUGGUCGAGAGGCGCGGCGGCUUCGCGCGCUGGGCCGUCUGGAGUUACCGCGCGUGGUGUCUGGGCGUGGUGACUAAUUUUCUCCGGUUGGCGAGGGAGGCGGACCUGGUGAGGAGGCGGGAGGGGGGGAGAAGGAGGAGGAGGAGGAACAGGCAGAGUAUUAGUCGACAUGGAGAGGGCGGUGGAAGGCCAGAUGGUGACGGACAUGAAGAGGGAGAGGGAGACGGGGAGGAGGGUGAAGCCGCCACCGAAGAGUUUUAUCGCAAGUUUUGGAACGAACUCCUCAUCUCGGCGUGUUGGUUCCCGAUCGCCCUGCACAUCAGCCUUCCCCCGAAGGGUAUUCGCGGCAUGAACCAGGGCAUCUCUUCGACGUUGAGUCUGGUGGCGACUGUCAUGGGCUUGCGGAGUCAUUGGCGGGCUACGGCGGCUUAG